AUGACCACAGGUGGAAAAGACGAAAUUGAUUUGCAUCGUAUUAUACGUAUUACUGAUAUUGUUAAAGAACCACUUGAAUUUCUUUUACCAAUUACUGGUUAUGAACAAAUGCCACUUGUUUCACUUGAAGAAGCUGUUGAUAAAAUUGUACAUAUUCUACCAUUUAUUCAAACUUAUGCACAUAUUGCUAAAGAAAGAUGUAAAGAUCCUGCUGAUAAAUUAACACAAGAUGAGUCAGCUGCUAUUAUGUUAUAUACAAUGGGAUGGCAUCCAUAUGAUAAAUGUCUUUAUUAUGUAUUAAAUUCUGCAUUACGUUCAAAAAAUCGUGAAAAACUUAUUCCAUGGUUUUUAUAUUUAAAACUUUUUCUCUAUGCACUUUCUCGUCUACCAUCCUAUACACAAAUGGUAUUUCGAGGUAUGAAAUUAAAUUUAAAUGAACGAUAUAUAAAUGGAAAUACAAUAUUAUGGUGGGGAUUUUCAUCUUGUACUUCAACAAUGAAAAUUCUAGAAACAGAAAUAUUUUUCGAUAAAACAAAUGAAAGAACGAUGUUUAUAAUUGAAUGUUUAAAUGGUAAAAAUAUUCGUAGACAUUCAUAUUUUUCUAAAGAAGAUGAAAUAUUACUUUUACCUGCUACUCAUUUUAAAGUAAUUAGUUCUUGUAAUCAAGGUAAUCUUCAUACUAUUCGAUUAAAAGAAAUUCAACCACGUAUUCCACUUUUAAAUCCAAUAAUUAUUUCUUUAGCUGAUUUUGAAAGUGGUAAUAAAACAGAAGCUCUUACUUCUGUUAAUGUAUCAGAAACUUAUCGAAAAGAUGAAAGUAGUGCAAAUCAAACAAUGAGAACAAAGAAACAUACUAAGAUCACAGAUGAAAACCUCACUCAGCCGAGAAAAAUGUCACUGACAGAUACUAGUUCAAAUACUUCUACCGAAUUCAUUGGUCAUUCUCCUUUAGAGCGGUUUCGACGGCAUACAGUUACUAGUCAAACAGACCAAAUUAAUCCAAAAAUCAGUAAAUGGAAACAAUAUGGAACUAUAGUUGCUGGACGAAGUCAAAUUGGAAAUCAAUCGAGUCAUCUUUCUCAUCCUCAUGGAAUCGUUAUUGAUAAUGAAAAAUCGAUCUAUAUUGCAGAUAGUUAUAAUCAUCGUAUUGUCGAAUGGAAAUAUAAUAUGACACAUGGUAAAAUUAUUACAGAUGAAAAUGGAACAAAUCAAAUUAAACAAUUGAAAUAUCCAAUAGAUUUAGUUUAUGAUAAGAAAAAUAAUUCUUUUAUUAUUUCUGAUUGGGGCAAUAGACGAGUCAUUCGUUGGUUUCAUCAAAAUAAAACAAAUUCACAAAUUCUUAUUUCUAAUAUUGAUUGUUAUGGUGUUACAAUAGAUAAAAAUGGAUUUAUUUAUGUUUCUGAUUAUAAGAAACAUGAAGUAAGACAAUGGAAAGAAGGAGAUAGUGAUGGAAAAUUAGUUGCAGGGGGAAAUGGUCAAGGAGAUGGUCUUCAUCAAUUUAGUUGGCCUGGUUUUAUUUUUGUCGAUGAGGAUUAUUCUCUUUAUAUAUCCGAUUGUUCGAAUCAUCGUGUAAUGAAAUGGAAAAAAGAUGCUAAACAAGGAAUUAUCGUUGCUGGUGGAAAUGGUCGUGGAAAAAGUCUUAAACGAUUAUGGGGUCCUCAAGGUGUGAUUGUUAAUCCUUUUGGUCAAAUUUAUAUAGCAGAUUCUUGGAAUAAUCGAAUUGUAUGUUGGCGUGAAGGAGAUAGUCAAGGUUCAGUUAUUGUUGAUGGAAAUGAAAAUACGAGAGGAUCAAAUAAAUUAACUCGUCCUGUUGGUAUAUCAUUUGAUGAUGGAGGAAAUCUUUAUGUUGCUGAUUGUUUAAAUCAUCGAAUUCAAAAAUAUGAAAUUGAUUUUGAUUGA